CUUUUAUUAUAUUACCAUUAGUCUAGCAACCAGCAUUGAGUGAACAAUUCCUGGUUGGUCUCUUUCUUUUUAAAACACUCGUCCCAUUAAUUGGAAUUAUUUAUGAAUCAAUAAAUUUGUGAUCGUGCAUUUGCAGUAGUUAAUUAAUAAUUUAUCGUGUUCAUAAAUAACUCAUCUCGAAUUAUUUAUAUAUAUUUUUUUAACAUUAAUUUUAAACUUCACUAUAAGUAGUCGAAUCAAAAAAAUUUCUUAUUGGACUACAAUCAGAACUUGAUUGAACUUAAUUUGCACUAGUGGUUAUUUAUAAAGAGCUAAAAUUUAUGAAGUGUCUGUGAUAAAAUACAGGUAAAAUUGAACUGUAAUUCGAAAAAUAUUAUUUUUGAAAUACCAGAAUUUAAAAUCAUAUCAAAUAAUUAGUUGGCGCAUUCAUUGUUAUAAAUUAUCGGGUACUAUCAGUUGGAGACAUUAGUAAUUUAUCAGCCGACUUAACUGAUAAAAAAAUUUUAAACCAAGUUGGAUCUGACCUGACUAAGUAUAUAAUUAUUUGAAUAAUUUUAUUUUAUUUAAAUACAUAAAAAUGACAAUAAAAAAAAUUUGCGGCAUUGGUGCUGGGUAUGUAGGUGGACCAACAUGUAGUGUAAUAGCAUUAAAGUGUCCGGAUAUCCGUGUGACGGUUGUUGAUAAGAGCAAAGAGAAAAUAGCUCAGUGGAACUCGGAGAAACUGCCGAUUUAUGAACCGGGUCUGGAUGAAGUGGUCAAAAAAUGCCGAGGAAAAAAUUUAUUUUUCUCAACGGACAUUGAAGCUGCGAUACAGGAGGCUGAUUUAAUUUUUAUAUCUGUAAAUACACCGACCAAGACAUUUGGGAAUGGUAAAGGUCGUGCCGCUGAUUUGAAGUACGUUGAAAACACAGCGAGAAUGAUUGCUGAGGUGGCAACUGAUGAUAAAAUUGUCGUUGAAAAAAGUACGGUGCCUGUGAGAGCUGCUGAAAGUAUUAUGAAUAUUUUACGAGCUAAUCAUAAACCAGGGGUUUCUUAUCAGAUACUUUCAAAUCCCGAGUUUUUAGCUGAAGGAACAGCAAUUGACAAUUUAGUGAAUCCAGAUCGUGUCUUAAUUGGAGGUGAAGAUUCUCCGAAGGGACGUGAAGCUAUUGAAAAACUCUGUAAUAUAUACGAGCACUGGAUUCCACGUGAUAAAAUCUUUACCACCAACACGUGGAGCUCCGAACUGUCUAAGCUGGCGGCUAAUGCAUUUUUGGCUCAGCGAAUAUCCAGUAUCAAUUCGCUGUCGGCUGUAUGUGAAGCUACUGGAGCUGAUGUGUCCGAAGUAGCGAGAGCCGUUGGUUUGGACUCGCGAAUUGGUUCCAAAUUCCUUCAAGCCUCAGUGGGUUUCGGUGGCUCUUGCUUCCAAAAAGAUCUACUCAAUCUUGUAUACAUAUGCGAGUGCCUCAAUUUACCAGAAGUUGCUGCUUAUUGGCAACAAGUAAUUGAUAUGAACGAGUACCAAAAGUCUAGAUUCUCGAACAAGAUCAUUGAGAGUCUUUUUAAUACUGUCACAGAUAAGCACAUCGCGAUGCUGGGGUUCGCAUUUAAAAAAAAUACUGGAGACACUAGAGAAAGUCCUGCUAUCGCUGUGGCCAAGAAUCUACUUGAUGAAGGGGCCAUUCUUCACAUUUACGAUCCCAAGGUUGAAGAAACUCAAAUAAUUGAUAAUUUAUCAGCUGUAGAUAUCGAUGAUAUUAAAAAUCGCGUUAAUAUUUUUGACAAUGCAUACAGUGCUACCAAGAACACUCAUGCCAUUGUCGUAUGUACAGAAUGGGAUGAAUUUAUUGAACUGGAUUUUGAACGUAUCUACGCAGAAAUGACCAAGCCGGCGUACAUAUUCGAUGGUCGUAAAAUUUUAGAUCAUGAAAAAUUACAAAAGAUUGGUUUCAAUGUCCAAACAAUUGGUAAACGUGUGUCACGAAUCGCCGUUUCAAGAACUUGGGGCAGCCCAACACAGAUGUGAAUUUUUUUACAACUAAUGUAUUUCAAGUAUUAAUCGCAUUUAAUUGCAGUACUUAUUCGUGAACUAAUACUGACGACAGUGAUUAAAAAGCAAUAUUUAAUGCAAUUUUGCACCAGUAUUUGAAUUUUGAUGUAUAUUUCUGUUAUUUUUAUCAGUAUGUUAAUCUUCAAUGAACUCAUUAUUAUCAUUGUUAUUAUUAAACAUUUGUAAUAUUUUUAUAAUAUAAAUUUAUCAAUUGGUAUUAAAUAAACAAUCAAAUAUAUUUUUAA